AUGCCCUCUUCAAGUUUCAGCUCUUUUGUGGCGAUCGCUGUGUUGCUUUCGACCGCAGAACUGGCCGAGGCGCGCUCUUCACAACCCUCCGGGUCGCACAAACGACCUCGGCAACACCACGUCAACGAAUACUACGCUCGCCAAGUUAUGGCCUUGACAUCCUCAAGCUACGACUACUGGUGGCCCUAUCCACCCGCCACUCAAACUCAAACGAACUCUCCCACAAAUUCCCCUGUGCCAACCAACACCCUCAUAGUUGAACCUUUGGCGACAAACACGCCUGAGGUCGCUUUCUCGUUCGAUUCAAGCACCUCAAGCAUCCCGGCUAGUAGCAUCUCUGCCUCCUCCGCACUCAGCUCCUCGUCCCUCUCAAGCUCAAGCUCGCCAUUCUCAUCAUCGAGCGCGCCGCCUUCAUCUAGUCAGUCUGUCGUUUCUAUCAGUGCGCUGCCUCCGUCAAACACAAGCAUCCCUGCCAACUCUCAUCGCAAACUCGAAAUGGUAUCGAGCACCAAUCUCUUGUAUAUUGUUCCUGCUUGCGGGGUGGGUGGCCUUGUCAUCGGCGGUCUCACGGCUUGGCUAGUUUAUGGUUGCAUCGCCCGCCGAAGUCUUCGCAAACGCGGUGAUCUCAUCGCUGGACCGGAAUACAGACCACCGACGCCGAGUCUGGCGGCCAAAGUGGACCACGGAGAAGACGAAGACGACGAAUGGGCCGGGAACGAGAAACACCGUGUCGAGGAGCUGGACGAUGGCGUCGCAGCGAUGUUUGUCGGUAACCUGCGAGGAAAGGGCGACAGAGUAGGCGGCGAGGACGAGGAUGAAGACGAGGAUCAGCCGGAGUCCGAGUCCGCGGGAUUUCUUCACCCAGGAACGGCACAGACUCGGCCUCUUCGUGUCAAGUCCGUGGCGAGUACUGCUGCUCCAUCUCGGGGCCGAACGAUGCGCAGUGAUCGCUCUCCGUCACCCACGCCUUCUGGGCGAACUUCUAUCUUUUUCGAUCGGCCAGACAGCGGCGAUGAAGCUCCUUGGGAAACUCUGCGGCACAAAAGCAUCAAACGAGGCAUCCUAGAGCGUCUGCGUGAUGAAGAUAGCGAACGUGCUGGCUCUGGUUCGAAGGAUCGCGUCAAACGCCGUGCCUGGCAGUCUCACGGUCGACAUGAUUCCGACAUACGCAUCCCCGACAACCAAGUCUCUCUCUCUCGAGCGACGUCCAUGGCGACUGCUUCGCUUUCUCGUGCUGCAUCCACUGUUAGUACGGCCAUGGGGUUCCGCAUUCUGUCCGAGUCACCCGCGCCGACCCCAUUCAAGGAACAGAAUUUCGCGUGGCCCAGUGUAGAGGAAGAUAAGUACACCCGUGUGCCGCGACGCGUUGCCCGCAGCCGCAGUCCCGAAAAGCCAAUGCCAAGUCCAGUCAAGUACACGCAACCGCUCCGGCGGGCUGCGAGCCCGGAUGGGCCGUCCCGCAGCCGAGGGCGGAAGCGCAAAGGGCAAUCUGCCGAUGGACGUCUCUCACGGAAGCCGACUAUUGAAGAGCAGUAUCGCAGCGUACUGCCUCGGAGUCCACCGUGUAUAUCCAGUCCCGUCCUUCAUGAAGCAUUGUGCUUCACCCCGCCCUCUCAAUACACCGAAACUGUGGCUUCCUUUGCCGCUUUUGGUGUUCCGGAUGAGCAAGAGCCCGUGAAACGGGGACGUAGACAUUAG